GGCCUCGGGCCCGGCUGGAGCCACGCGUGCCACGCCAUGCUCUUCGCGCCCGACCCCGGCCGCCUCUUCGGCCGCCUCCCGCUCCGCUACGCCGUCCUGAUGCAGCUGCGGUUUGAUGGCCAGCUGGGCUUCCCGGGGGGCUACGUGGACCGGCGCCUCCGUCCCCUGGAGGAGGGCCUGAACAGAGUCUUGGCCUUGGGCCUGGGCCGCGGUGUGCGCCUGGUGGAAGAGGACUACCUGGUCUCUCACGUCGCCCGGGGUCCCCGUCGCCUGGUGGCGCACCUGUAUGUCAAGCGGCUGAGUUUGCCGGAGCUGCGUGCCCUUGAGCUCCAGGCGGUGCGCUCCCGUGACCAUGGGCUGGAGGUGAUGGGGACGGUCCGCGUGCCCUUGUACAUCCGGAAGGACCGCCUGGGCGGGCUGCCGGCCUUUCUGCAGAACUCCUUUGUCGGCGCAGCCAAGUUCCAGCUGCUUUAUGCACUCAAAGUCUUGAACAUGGUUCCCGUGGGAAAGCUGGCUCAGGCUGUGGCCGCAGUGCAGGCGCCCCAAAAGACGGCCUCGGAAGCAGCGGGAACCACCUCAGCCUCCCCUCCGGCCCUCUCUCCUCCUGGGCCAGCGUGAGGGAGAGGCCGAGCGGGAGAUCCAGCCCACAGCUUCGAGGUCAGAGACUAACAGGGUCGGGGGGGGGGGGCUAGAAAAUCCCCAGGCUUUCCAAGGCCCACGUCCCUCCCUGCCUUCGACAAAGUGCCACAAUGUGCCGGAUGCCACGAACUGCAAUUGUGGAGAAGACUCUGCUCCAGUGAGGCUUCAAGCUCUCAGGUAUCAGCAAGCAGCCGCAUGCCGGUGGGUAGGGUGGGUGGUCAGUGAUGAAAAAUCCCCUCUGAGCUCUCGAACAACAGUCCAGAGAUCUCCCAAGCCAGCAAUCUGGAGAAAGGUUUUACAAAAUUUGCAACAGCGAGCAGUUUUGAGAGACCGCAGCCGCCAGUAGCUACGAGGGACUUCUCUCACCCUCCGCAAUUGUAGGGCACGCUUAUUUUAAACCAUUAACACUUACUUGAGGGUGUUCAGUGACAGGAGGAAAG